ACUAUUUAAAAUGCUGCUGUAACUGCUGUUGGAGUUUCGUUGAUUGAAGUGUGUGGAUAUUUUUCGUGUUUUGGCGCUCAUCUGUUUGAACAACAUGGAGCUUGUGCACUUCGUUUUUGACGAUAACAUCACGGGAUCUGGGGACUGGGACUUAGAUGGACUUGAGGGACUCUGUGAUCUCGCGGAUAGCGAUGACUUCCAGAGAAUUUUCCUCCCCACUAUAUAUGGGAUUAUUUUUGUCCUGGGAAUCGUUGGCAAUGGACUCGUGGUGCUUGUGAUGGGCUACCAAAAGAAGUCUAAGAACAUGACUGACAAAUACAGGUUGCACCUCUCCAUCGCUGAUCUCCUGUUUGUCCUGACUCUGCCCUUCUGGGCUGUGGAUGCAGCCAGUGGAUGGCAUUUCGGGGGAUUCCUCUGUGUCACAGUCAACAUGAUCUACACUCUGAAUCUGUACAGCAGUGUGCUGAUCUUGGCCUUUAUCAGCCUGGACAGGUAUCUGGCCGUGGUCCGUGCCACAAACAGCCAGUGGCUCAGGAAACUGUUGGCAGGACGGGUGAUUUACCUUGGAGUUUGGCUGCCUGCCACCCUGCUGACUGUGCCUGAUCUAGUGUUCGCCAAAGUACGCAAUACUGGUGAAAACACAAUCUGUGAGCUCAACUACCCACAGCAGGCCAAUGUUGUGUGGAAGACUGUUUUCCGCUUCCAGCACCUCAUCAUUGGCUUUUUGCUGCCUGGUCUGGUCAUCCUGACCUGUUACUGUAUUCUCAUCUCUAAACUCUCCAAAAACUCCAGGGGUCAGGCCCUAAAGAAGAAGGCACUGAAGACCACUGUCAUCCUCAUCCUCUGUUUCUAUAUCUGCUGGUUGCCCUACUGUGUUGGCAUCCUGGUGGACACUCUGAUGAUGCUGAACGUUGUUUCUCACAGCUGUUUCCUGGAACAGGGUGUGCAGAAAUGGAUCUUCAUUACCGAGGCACUGGCUUACUUCCACUGCUGUCUGAACCCAAUUCUUUAUGCUUUCCUGGGAGUCAAAUUCAGAAAAUUUGCCCGUAGUUCUGUGCGCAUCGGCAGUAGAUCGAGUCACAAGAUGUUGACCAUGAAAAGAGGCCCCAUAUCGUCUGUAUCUACAGAAUCAGAGUCAUCCAGUGUCCUCUCCAGUUAAUUAACACUUUGUACAUAAAACUGUCCUACAUGGAUGACUAAGCUUUAAUUUUAAAAGGACUUUACUACACUUUGUACAUUGUAAACACAAGCUGUGUUUUCGGAUGUUUGUGAACAUUUUUAUUCAAUGACAUAAUUUAAUCUAUGUACUCUUUGUACUUUUUAAAUAUCUAUUGCAGGACCUAAAGGCAGAGCCUUGACAGUCUGUAUACUUGCCAUGCAGAUGUUCUUCUCAAUUCUUAGCGAACUUUUGCCUAGUCGUUUGUCUGAUCAAGAAUGCGUAGUGUAAAUUAUUUGAACGUGUAUCAUUGUUUGCCUUUUGUGUAUGUGUACUUUGCUUUCAUUACUCAGAUAAGCUUUCUAAUAUUUAUUAAAAUAAGGUAGCUCACACUGUAAAUUGUUUUUAAUUUUUUUUUUUGUAAUUUAAGCAUGUCAGAAUUUUUGCAUUUUGACUAUUUCAUAAUUAAACCUUAAUCAUCUCUUUUAAUGAGUCUGACUUGUCUUCUUGCAACUCUCCAGUGGCCACACACACACCCCUCCACCCCCAUCCACUCUGUGGGGGAGGGUUAGAGCUGAAGUGGAGUGAAGGUCUGUCAAGUUGCCAAAACAAAAUCUCCACCUGAUCUCCCACUGAACAGAAUGGCUGAGGAGAGGGUCUGUAAUUUUAAGAACAUCUGUUCUCUGGCGUUUUAAGCAACCACUGAUAAACCUACCUACAAAGGGACAGAAUUGGCCACCUCAUGGGAUUUCUUUUGUUGGAUCAGAUAACAAAAAAAAAAGUUAAUAAGAUAGUUUGAAGAUGUAAAAUGUGAAAAUAUAAAUUCUGCAGAAUGCUUUACAAAAAUAGUGCCCUAUAUGGAUAUAACAGAAAAAUAAAAAAAUUUAUGUCAAAAAAAAUUUCCUGUCAUAUCACCCCAAUAAAAUGCACAAAAUAAAAUAAAGCUAACCCGUUACUAUGUUUUUA